AUGGACAAACAUAUGUGGGAUUUCUUGGCGAGUGGUUUGGCUUCGGGUUCGGGUCCGAAAGCUCACAUCACUUUGAAAACCGGACGUAUUGUCAAUAUAUGUGAAUUGAAAAGUGAAACACGAGCUCUCAGUUGUAAGAUUAGAUUUGAUACCAAACUCACAACUCGUAUUCCCAUUCAACUAAUUGGUGAGAAGUAUUUGCGCGACCGUAUCGUCAAAUAUCUCAUUGAUCACGUGAAUGAGGUUAAGGUUAUGCAAGUGGUCAACGACGACAAACACGAGUUACCCGACUAUUGUACACUUUGUUACGGGUCUCAUUCAUUCACGAGUUGUAGAAAUUGUCGGUACUGUUACGGGUCAGACCAUCAGGCCAUCGAUUGUAUACUUUUACAGAAUAAAAUGGAUUAUUUAGGCCAAACUGACAAACCAGACAAAAAGUUUGUGCCAUUGGAUAAAAUGUCUAAAAGUAAUCGGAAGUGCUGGAACCGCAAACAAAAGUGUGGUUUCGUAAUGGAGGCAUAUUUUCGAUUGUCUCCACUCAUAAGUACGAUUGUGCCACCGUAUGACAAUUUCAAUGAUAACAUGAUAUACUACUCUAUCGAUGUGGAAGGAGCUCAGGUGCAAGUGAAUGGAGUGAAUAGUAAUGUUGCUGUUCAAGUCGUGUUGUCCGCCCGUUUUGCCAAUCAAAUGAAGAUUACAUCGAUUUUCAGUACAUAUAUCAGGAAACCAAAGGGAUUAUACGACACAAUGAUAACAGUCAGUGGAGUGAAUGUGGCUGUUCUCGAGGAUAAGACAAAAACUCUCCCAAUAGAAGACGUCAGGAAACAUUUGUUUCAUUAUGUUUGUAACAAUACAUUGGUUGGCCACACACUGGUCAAGUCUGAUCUGGCGAUGUUAGGCAUAACUAUCGCAGAGUUAAACCAAAUUAAAUGCAAAACGAUUGACAUUAAGGAUCUAUUUGGUGGCCUUUCCCUCAAAGACAUAGCUUUUGCUAAUCUUAUUGGCAAAGAUCGUAAGCCUCUGAGGAUUCAAGAAUACCAGAAGUCAACCACUUCUCGCCCGUUAAGUGGCCAUAAUUGUGAGGUCGACUGUAGAGUGACUCUCAAGGCAUUCCACAAAUGGAAAUUCGCAACACUUGAAGAGAAGCAAAUGAUGGCAAACGCUGCGAAAGCCUUAGCAUUUAUUAAGGCUAAUUUAUAA